GAAGUGAUGACCUCAGCCUCGGCUCUACUUUAAACUAGGGUGCUCCUUCCACUCCAAUUGGCCCACACCGACACCUCCGAUCUCGAAACAAAAUCGCAACUAUGUUGCCAACCCCAUCCACAUCCCACGUCUGUUUCGAUCGCGUGUACGAACCAGCCGAAGACUCGUAUUUGUUACUCGAUACGCUCUCUUCUGCGUCCGAAACAGCAUACCUGAAAGACAGAUUUGGCGAUGCUCCCACGACCCCGCCAUUGGUGCUUGAGGUGGGCGUAGGGUCAGGCGUCGUAUUGGCCUUCGUCGCUGCGAAUGCACGCACCAUAUUCGGUCGUCACGAUGUGCUGACAAUCGGGGUUGAUAUCAAUAGCUUCGCCUGUAAAGCUGCUGCCCAAACGGUUCGCGAUGCCAUCAAAGAACGGGAGAUUAGACGCUCGGUCUUCAUCGAUGUCGUGAACGGCGACUUAGCAAGUGCUAUCCGGCCGCAUUCUGUCGACGUCUUCAUAUUCAACCCGCCAUAUGUACCAGCUGAGCUACCCGACCUGACGAGCCAUGACAAGUUCAACGCCGUGCCGGAAGGAAAGACAGCGACAUCAUUCGAACAAGACUCGUACCUCCUAGAGCUGUCGUACGCCGGAGGUGAAGAUGGCAUGGUGGUAACGGAUAGGAUGUUGGAGCAGUUGCCAGAAUUACUAAGCUCGGAUCGAGGUGUCGCGUACGUGCUAUUGUGUGCGCAGAAUAAGCCGGAAGCAGUCAAACAGCGCAUAAGAAACUGGGGUUCGGGCUGGAUGGCGGAAACGGUGGGAUCGAGCGGAAAGAAGGCGGGCUGGGAAAAGUUGGUAAUCGUAAGGAUAUGGAGAGACAUGGAAUGAGCGCGAAGCUUCGCCCGUCGUGACGAACGUGAGUGGAGUCGAAUCAAUUGAGGGUUCAAGCGUCGUUACCGAGAGCUGCGUCCCUCUUGACCAGAGCUGGCUUUGAACCAGGAUUUGCGUGUUUGGAGAGAACCGACUUGAUCCCUCUGU